CCUGAUACAAGGUUUCCUAAUCCGACCAGGAGGCUUCUUGGGCUUUCCUAUUUCAAAACAAGUUACUAUUUUUCAAAAGCAAUCAAAAUUCUGAUUUAUUGUGGAUUCUCUUCAAUUUCUCUUUAUAUAUGUAUAUGUAUCCUUGUACUACCCAUGGAAGGAUCCAUGCAAAAAACUCCAUCUUCUUCUUCUUCUUCUUCUGUGAGCGGUUGCUCUUCUUCAAGUUAUUGCUGCAGCAUGAGCGGUUCAAGGAAUACUGUGAACGCAGUACUUUUGGCUGGUUUCCGAGAACUUUUCAAUAGAACUGAAGAUCAGAGUGGUGACGACUCUGCAAGUUCGUCUCAGAAUCAACCAGUGCUCCCAACUGGAUUGGAGCAGUCUGCAGUGCCUGACGCGCAAUUCUCCACAUCAUUCAGUCCAAAUAAUAUAUGGGCAUGGCCUGGUUUAAGGAAUGAAGGAAGUUAUCCGGGGCCAAACGGACAAAGCUUUGUUACUGGAAAUCCUGAUUCUUCUGCAGCACCAGCCACCACUAAUUGGGGGAAUCAGUCUGAAGCAAGGACUGACACGGGUAGUAGCCAAGACAAUGUACUACCACAGUCUUUGAUGAUGGUUCACCAUAACUUGAACCCUACUCUACCACGUGAAGACUCUCCGCCUGACCCUCAUCCCCCAGAAACUGGAACGGAUUAUUCUGCACAGAUUCAGUCGAUGCAACCUUGUCAAAUAAUUGAAAUGGCUCUGAACUUCUCUGGUUCAUUCUUAUUGCGCAGUGCCUUAGCGGAGAAGAAGCCAGAGUCUAAAAGUACUAUUUUUGAAGGGCUUAUUGCACACAUUGUUACUCUGGCGGUUCACCCAUCUGGAUGUAAUGUAUUUAUAAGGCUAACUGAAGCAUGCGAUGCCAACCAGUUAAGCCAAAUUCUAAGCAAGUUGAUUCUGCCACCGUCAACAAUUAUUAGAGUAUCACACGACCCAAUUGGCUCAAAAUCGAUUCAGAGGCUAAUCCAGGUGCUAAGGAGAUCACCCUUGGUUGUCCCUGUGGUGACAGCUCUAGCUGCUGGAUUCUACGAACUGAUGAAAGAUCAACAAGGAGCCAUGGUAAUCUCCCGGUGUUUAGCCCUACUAAGCAGUGAACAGAAUGAGGAAUUAUAUAGAGCAGCAAUACUCCCCUGUGUGGCAUUGGCCACGCAUGCAAAAGGAUGUAUAGCAUUGAAUAGUUUCAUCAACAACGUAAUAGGUCCAUACAGAGACCUUCUCCUGCAUAAAAUCACAGACAACACGGUGUUUCUCUCACAAGACCCAAGAGGGUACCAACCACGUUUCCUAAUUCUAUGUACAUGUCAUUCUGAUUUUAUGAAGACUUGGUUGCUGAAUUCAUCUUCUUUUCAGGAACUUUGUUGUCCAGCACAUCCUUGA